AUGGAAUAUGAUAUGUAGAAUUCAGAAAAAAUAAUAUAACCAUAGAAUUAAGGACAAUAUAAAGAGAAUCCUUUUUAAAUAAAUGAUUUAAGAAAGGUAUUCGAUUACAAUUCAUAAUAGUUAUUGAAAAAAAAAUCAAAAAGUUGA